AUGCCUAAAGGUGCGUUUAGAUCUGGGCACGCACGCACUGAUCCACCGCAAAUGCUCAAGUGUAAACGGCUAUGCGUGCAAGCUCACCCCCCUAUAUCUUCAUGUGCGCGAGCAACAGCGAACGCGAUCCGCCUGUUGUCGGUCUCAAGACGUUGCUCAGAGGAAUUAAUGGGUUCACGAAUGCUCAGUAUGGACGGAAACGACAACGCGGCGCAUAGGAUUAAAGGGUUGAUUGUAUUUAGUCCAGUAAAUGAUGAAAUGGAAUAA